AUGUCCUAUUGCUAUGCGGAUGACAAUACAUUUGAUCAAGUAUCAUCACAACAUCAUUAUCUACAUUUAAUGCCUGAAUCACCAUUACAACAUAAAUUACCAUCGAAUAAUUCACCUACUCCUAGUCACGUUAGUUCGGAUAUGGCACCAAAUUCCCAAUUAGAUCAUGAAAAACGUGUACGACGUGAAAUUGCUAAUUGCAAUGAACGCCGUCGUAUGCAAUCGAUUAAUACUGGUUUUCAAAGUUUAAAAAUUCUCAUUCCUCAUUCCUGUGGUGAAAAACUUAGUAAAGCAUGUAUUCUUCAACGAGCUGCUGAUCAUAUUAAAAGUCUUGAAAAUGAAAAAAUUAAAUUACAAUCUCAAAAUGAACAAUUUCGUAUAUUAAUAAAAAGUUUUCAAAUUGAUUCUUCAAGUGUUUUACAAGCACAACGACGUUUAUCUACGAAUGAUUCCGAUGAAACUGUUCUAUUACUUGCAAAUAAUGAUGAAAGCAAACCAGUAGUAAAUAAUGUUUAUGAUGAUGUUAAAAAUCAUCAUACAUAUUGGCAUGCAGAAUAUGUUCAAUCACCAAAAGAUGAACAACCCUCACCUCAUAUUGAUAAAUAUUAUCGAACGGUUAAACAAUCUACUCCAGCAACAACAUCAGAUACAACAUAUAUGAUUGUUCAACAAAGUCAACCUAGUCAACGUUGUUAUAAAACGAAUUCACUUGAUCAAAAUAGUGAUAAUGGAAUUGUUAUUGUCGAACGAUGUCAGUUUCGUACACAGAGUGUUGAUACAAAUAAUACUGUUUCACGUCGAAAUUUACAGACAAUUGUUGAAGCUAUUCGUCAUCUAGAAGGUGAUGAUGCAUUAGCAAAUAUGAAUCAAACUCAACAAUCGUCAUCAUCAACACAUCAACAAGAAGAUUUACCAGCACAAAUAAAAGCAAUGAUUAAUGAAAAAUUUCAACAACAAACAAAUAAUAAAAAUCCAUCAUCACCAUCAUCAACAAAUACAAUAUAUCAACAAACAAUAAAUACAUAUGAACAACAAAAACCAAAAAUAACAAUGACUCAUGAUAGUGAUUUACAUCAAAAACCACCAAAAAAAAGAAAAAUAACGUAUAAUGAAAGUGAUGAUACGAUUAUUCAAAGAUCAGAUUUGCCACCUAUAACAAGUCCAGAAGUUCAUCAUCAUGAACAAAUAUCAAAUGAAUCAUCACCACCAUCAACAGUAACUCACUUAUUACAGGAACAUUUAAUACAACAUACUUUACGUUAUUCACCGCACUAA